CGGCCUGAGCGUUUGUGUUUUGCUCAGUCUUGAUUUGACACCCUUUGCUCACAUACAGGUAGAGAAGUGACACUGGUGCAUGCUGGGAGGCACAACUCAUCAGCAGCUUAUCGCCACUGGAGUCAAAUCAAUGGAUGUGUUGCAAAACCAGCAGCUGCCAAAGGCCAUUUUACUCUGUGACCCUUGCUCUGUAUCUGUUUGUGUUUAUUUGCUUGACUAAAUGGUGAGAGGUCAGAGGCCAGUUUGUGCAAGGGUAAGAGUCUGGAAAGAGAGUGAGAGAAAGAGACAGGGAUAACUCCUGACUACAUUGCUGCGCUGAACAGCCACGAUGAGGGGUGUUUUAAUCUGUGUGUUCCUGACUCUAUCGGCUAUUAUUCAAACAUCACUCGCGCAAUCAGGUCCGGGUCCUGUGGUGUCUGUGAGGAAUGGGACUCUUCGUGGUGCUUCCAUGACUGUGAAAGGCUCUGAUAAGCAGGUGCAGCAGUAUUUAGGGAUCCCCUUUGCCCGACCCCCUCUGGGCCCCCUGCGUCUGUCUGCCCCCCAGCCUGCAGAGUCCUGGGAGGGAGAGAGAGACGCCACGCAGCAGCCGCCCAUGUGUCUUCAAGAUCCAGACAUUGUCACAUCAACAGCAAAAGCCCUGGUCAUGGUAUUUACCCCUCCAGGCAUAUCAGAAGACUGCUUGUACGUCAAUGUGUACACUCCAGCAAAACCUUUAUCAGGAGAAAAACUACCAGUGAUGGUGUGGAUCCAUGGAGGGGGAUUGUACAUGGGCGGAGCCUUCCAGUAUGAUGGGUCUGUACUGGCAGCCUAUGAGAACAUAGUGGUGGUGGCCAUACAGUACCGCCUUGGGUUCCUGGGAUUCUUCAGCACUGGAGACGAACAUGCCCAGGGGAACUGGGGCUUCCUGGACCAGAUCGCUGCUCUCCAGUGGGUGCAGGAGAACAUUGAGAGCUUCGGAGGAGACCCCAACUCUGUCACCAUCGCUGGGGAGUCGGCUGGAGGGAUCAGUGCAUCCUUACUGAUCCUGUCCCCAUUAGCCAAGGGGCUUUUCCAUCGGGCAACUCUUCAGAGUGGAGCGGGUACUCUUGGGGCAUACACAACUAAAACUCCUCUGGUCUACGCUAAGAUGGUGGCUAAUGUUACAGAGUGUGACUCCAGUUCAACCGAAGAGUUGGUCAAAUGUAUGAGACAAAAAACCCCUGAAGAUUUCGUUACAGCAAUGAAAAAGAAAAAAAUCUUCAUGGGUGGCGUGGUGGACGGGGUGUUUUUGAACGAUGUGGCUGAAGAAGUUUUGAAAAGCAAAGACUUUCUGAAAGUCCCAAUUCUCGUGGGCGUGGUGAAUCACGAGUUUGGAUGGAUACUUCCAAAUGCUUUCGCUCCACCCGGCUGGCAUCAGGGGAUGACUCGGGAAACAUUCCUGGCAAUGGUCAACACUUUCUUCUCUGCAGGGAAAGCCACGGGUGCUAAUGAGUUGAUUGUGGAUGAGUAUCUCAAAGAUGCUCACACCCCAGAGGACAUUAGAAAUGAGUUCACUGAGGCUCUAAGUGACCUGUUCAUGGUGGUUCCUAUCAUCAAAGUGGCUGGAUAUCACAGAGAUGCUGGUGUACCUGUGUACAUGUAUGAGUUCCAGCACAGGCCAGAGAUUUAUAAGGACACCAGACCCAGCUUUGUGAAGGCUGACCACGCUGACGAUGUCGGGUUUGUGUUUGGUGCCUGUUUCUGGAAUGGACACAUUAAAAUCAAUGGUACGACCACAGAGGAAGAGAACCAGCUCUGCAAGACGAUGAUGGCAUACUGGGGAAAUUUUGUUCGCACAGGGUCUCCUAAUGGUCCUGGCCUGGUGCACUGGCCUCUCUAUGAUGCCAGCAACAAGUACCUGAACCUGGACCUGCAGCAGAGUGAGGGGCAGGACCUGAGGAAGGAGAAGAUUCAGUUCUUCACUGUGGAGCUGCCUAAGAGGCUCGCUGCAAAGCAGGAACAGCUUCAAAAGUAACAGUAGAAGAUAAAACAACUCCUCAUUGCAUGCAGCAGUCCAGACUAUGUGCGAAGAUGUUUUAGUUGCAAAACACACUCACUAUGAGAACUCUAAACUCCCCACUCAAAACCAUGUAAUCUUACAUCUAAACCACAAGUGUAGAUGACCACAAGUUAAUAACUCUGAGCAAAUGCAUCAGGAAGUUUUAAGUUAAUACAGGCUCUGAAGAUUUUCAGCAAUCUGUCUUAUAACAACAAAAUUGUAAUAAAGUGUUUAUAAUGAA